AUGGUUAAGGCCAAGGCUGCCGCCAAGGCCAAGGUGUUGGUGAAGAAGGAACCCGGCACGUCGGCCGAGGACAAGAAAGACUUGUGCAACUUUUUGACCCAGGUGAAGGGCAGCGACCAGCCAGACAAGGUUGCGGUGUACAAGCACUACACAAGCCUCGGCCGCUACGACAAGCAGAAGAAGGAGUUGCUAGCUUUGUGGAAGAGCGACAAGUCUUGCAAGUGGUACGGGAGUUGGUCGAAAAGGGUGACUUUCACCGAGAAUGAAGAAGCCGAAGGUCGCACAGGUUUUGGUACCAGGAUCCCAGGAUGCAUUUGGGGCUUCUGCAUGUGGUGCUUCUGCCUUUUCUUGCUGCUUCGUUCUGAUCUUAUGGGGCAUCUAAGGUUCCAAGUUGCCAGCCUGCUGGAGAUGCCGGCAGAUUCGAAAGAGUUCCAGGCAGUGGAGAAGAGCCUUUUGGCUCAGGACGGAAUGGCAGAUGAUCAGUGGGACGACAAGGAUCCCACCCAAGUGGCUUUUGCCAAGGCCAAGUUGAAGCGGUUCCACUUGGGCAAGAUCGCCGUGACGUUUGGUAAGACCACCGCCGACAAGACCUGGAGCGAGUCUGUUGAAGCCAAUCGGCAGACUGGCAAGGCCUCAGGCGAGCAGCUCUCCAGUGUUCUGGACGUUGUGGGAAGAACAGGAGGAACCAGUGAGGCUGGAUCCUCCUCGCAGGGGGCCGAGGUCAAGACCCAGGAGGAUCUGAGGUUCGAGAAGUACCAGAACCAGGUUGCUGUCUUGUCUACUUCCAAGAGUAUCUUCUUUGCAUUUAAACUAGGUGCCGUGGAGCGGGACCUCCAGAAGCUCACGGCUAUUGCUGCUCGCCUCCGCCAUCGUAAGGAUACCGCCCUCGCCAGCAAGGCUGCGGAGCUGAGGACGUACCAUACCGAGCAGCUGCUUUACCUCGACGAUGCCACAAUCUUCGUGGGAGCUGCCGAGGAAGCCCACAAGCACGAGAUCGGCGAUGCGCAGAUGGAGGUCUUGCAGGGCCACUUGGAAAAGAUGGGCGAGCUGGCUGGGGCAGUGAAGGACAAGUUGAGGCGGAACUCGGCACUCUUGUAG